GGUACUGUUGCAACUGUUAACGUUUCUAGAGCUGGCAAUGGAUUGCAUCAAUAAAAAUGGGAUUUUUAUGGUUCAAGGGGCGUACCGUACUUGUGAGGGUGGUUCCAGAUGGCGGAGGGCGGUGAGGGGGAGGAGGAAGAGGAGCGGAGCUGCGCGUCGGGUUUCGGCAUCGGCGGGGACGAUGGAGCUGGGUGCUCUGGUUCAUCUGCUCCGGCUGCGAGGAUGAGGAGCGGCACCGGUGGGGGGACGGAGCAGCCGCCGCCGCCGCCGCCGUUCUCGGACCAGGUGCUGGAGAACGUGCUGGAGAGCGUGCUCGAGUUCCUUACCUGCCGGCGCGACCGGAACGCGGUGUCGCUGGUGUGCCGGUCUUGGUACCGGGCGGAAGCGCAGACCCGGCGCGAGGUUUUCAUCGGCAACUGCUACGCCGUGUUGCCGGUCCGCGCGGUGGCGCGGUACCGCUCCGCUCGGGCGAUGGUCCUCAAGGGCCGCCCCCGCUUUGACGACUUCAGCCUCAUCCCGCCAGGCUGGGGCGGGCGCUUCUCGCCGUGGGCGACCGCCAUGGCCGCCGCGUACCCGUGGUUCGAGCGGGUCUGCCUCAAGCGCAUCACCGUCUCUGACGCCGAUCUCGCCCUCCUCGCCCGCUCCUUCCCCUCCUUCCGCGACCUCACCCUCAUCUGCUGCGACGGGUUCGGCACCACCGGCCUCGCCGCCGUCGCCGAGCUCUGCAGGAAUCUGAGAGUACUAGAUCUGAUUGAGAACGACGUCGAGGACGAGGACGAGCAGGUGGUGGAUUGGAUUUCGAGGUUCCCGGAGACGAUCACCUGCUUGGAGUCGCUCUCAUUCGAGUGCGUGAAUUGCGCAGUCAACUUCGCCGCCCUGGAGGCUCUCGUAGCCCGCUCGCCCUCCCUCCGGCGUCUCCGGGUCAACGAGCACGUCUCCGUCAGCCAGCUCCGCCGCCUCAUGGAGCGGACGCCGCAGCUCACCCACCUCGGCACCGGCUCCUUCCAUUUGGUGCCCGCUGACGCCGGUGCAGCAGACCUCGACGUCACUGACCUGGAGUCGAGUUUCGCCGCCUCCAAGUCGCUCGUUUGCCUGUCGGGAUUCCGCGUUCUAGAUCCCGAGUACCUCCCGGCCAUCUUCCCAGCCUGCGCAAACCUCGUCUCCCUCAACCUGAGCUACGCUGUCUUCAUCGCCGAGCAGCUCAAGCCCGUCAUUGCCCAAUGCCACAACCUCCAGACCUUCUGGGUUCUCGACACCGUAGGCGACGAUGGUCUCCGAUCAGUGGCCAAGAACUGUAAGAAGCUCUCCGAGCUUCGAGUUUUCCCCAUGGACGCCACCGAGGAUUCCGAGGGCUUCGUCUCUGAUUCCGGCCUCGUCGCAAUCUCAGAGGGAUGCCCGAACCUCCGUUCGAUUCUGUACUUCUGCCAGCGCAUGACGAACGCCGCCGUCGUGACAAUGUCCAAGAAUUGCCCCAAUCUAGCUGUGUUCCGCCUCUGCAUCAUGGGGCGCCACCGCCCCGACCGGCUCACCGGCCAGCCCAUGGACGAGGGUUUCGGUGCCAUUGUGAUGAACUGCAAGAAGCUAACGAGGCUGGCUAUUUCCGGCCUCCUCACUGACAGAGUCUUUGAGUACAUCGCCGACCAUGGGCGAUCAGUCCGCACUCUGUCAGUGGCCUUCUCAGGGGACAGCGACUUGAGCUUGAAGCAUCUUUUCCAAGGGUGCCCCAAUCUGAAAAAGCUCGAGAUCAGGGACUGCCCCUUCGGCGACGCAGGCCUCCUCUUCGGUGUUCACCAUUUUUACAACAUGAGGUUCUUGUGGAUGUCUUCCUGCAUGCCAUCCUUGAGGGGCUGCAAGGAGGUGGCUCGGAGGCUUCCUCACUUGGUGGUGGAAGUGAUUGCGGACUCCCCUCAGGAUAUUUAUAGUGAUGCCGUGGAGAAAUUGUACUUGUACCGAUCUCUCUCCGGGCCGAGGGAAGAUGCACCGCCUUUCGUUAAUAUCUUGUAAGUUUUCAUUCCGGUAGAGAAGUCAGGGAGAUGGAAUUUGUCAUUUCCCUUUGUAGCUUGACCCAGGAGUUUACUCCUUGAAGAAUUCUAUAGCAGUUUUCAUAACUAGCCAAGUUGUUAAUCAUGCACGAUACGCGGAGUUAGUUGCAUAGGAUAGCUUUUGCAAUUGAGGAUUCUUCCCAGCUAUCUGCUCGUGAAGGCUAUGUAAUAGAACAUACAAUUCACUGGUCGUAUGACAAUCAAUCGACGACCAAGAAAGAUGGCAAGGCUGCUUCUUCAGGUAUCAGAUGGCAUUCUUUGUUGAGCAACACUACAGAAAAUAAAUGCGUCUCUGAAAGCCACUUGUGCACCAUCAAUGCCACUGUUUGGGGCUGGAGCAUCAUCCAUCAAUGUGUCUUAAAUUUCAGAGGCGACAACCUGCUUCCGCUCUGUCCUGUUGAGAUCACCAUUAAAUGGCCCGAUGUUGGAGGAACUGGGACUAUGAUUAUCAGACUAAUCAUUUACUAACAACGGUUUGCUCUGCAGGGCCAUGGAGACACUGACAGAAGGUGGGUGAAAGUGUGUGACAGGGAAAGACCUUUGUGGAUCAUCCAUGGAGAACAAAAUAUCAAAGAAAUUGGUAGGUUGAGGUUAUCAGGAGUGUCUCCAUCUUGUUUGAGAGUUGUCAUCCAACUUUACAAGUGAGUCAGCAUUGCUUAUGACCGCGACGGGUUUGAUUGGAUCUGUUUUACUAGUUCUUGGUGUUGAAGUUUCAAUCUAUCCGUAUUGAAUCGAUCGAACUAAACCUACCAUGGAGCCUUUAGAGCAUUUGGAGGACAGAGUUAUACAAGUGAAUGUUUAUGUUACAUGUUACAAAUUGGGAGCAAUAAGGAUGCUUUUAUGCUUGCAAAUUAUCUCUGGUUAAUUUAAUGGAAUUCUUCUUUCAGUUUGUGUAAA